UAUCGAGAUGGCGGUCGGUAGGAACGUAUUUGCAGUUCUUUUGGUGAAAACAGUGUUAGCAGCCUCCCUGACUAAGGAUGCCCCAACCUGGGGGGAUUCCUACUCAGUGGAUGGGGUUCUACAACUGCCCUAUGCUGAGCUGAAGGAGCCAUUCAGAGCUUACUAUGACGCAAAGAACAACCAAAGCCGCAUUGACUACUACAAUGAUUUAGUGAUCACUAUGCAGCUACAGACUCAGAAUAUCAGCAUCAAAAUAGCAUACAUGACAACAGAAACAGUGACCAACCAAAAAACAUGUUUCCUUGUCAACGGGAGCUCUCCCAUUCAAGCUGUCCUCCCAGAUUUGUCAGACUUUAAGAAUGUAGGACAAGAUACAAUUGGUGCAACCACUACAGAUAAAUGGGUCAAGGUCACAAACCACGGAAAGAAGAAGAGCACGUAUACUAUGUGGGUGGACUCUGCUACUAACGCCCCGGUACGGUACGAAAUGAUGGGGUACGACUCACUUCUAGGAUCUCAUUAUGACAAAUAUUAUCUGGACUACUCCAACUUUAAAAACGAGACGUCUUUCAAUGCCACAGUGUUUAACUACACUUCAUUUGGUCUCUCCUGCUCUGGAUUCCCCGGUCCAGGUUUCUCUGAGAGGAAGGUCCUGAUGAACCCAAUGGUAGAGUAUAUACAUAACUACGACAACCAUGUGGAGGAAAUGUUCAUCAAACACAAACAGAAGCAUGCCCCAAAGUAUAGCAGCAUCAAGGAACAUGCUCAGAGACAGCAUAUCUUCAGACAAAAUGUCAGGUUUAUUCAUUCUAAGAAUCGAGCAGCCCUGGGCUUUAGCUUGGCAGUGAACCACCUGGCCGAUAAAUCAAAGGAGGAAAUCCAGUUAAUGAACGGAUAUCGCUACACUCCCGGGCACCACGGGGGACUGGCCUUUGAUACAUCUAAAUAUAGCGUGAAGGACAUACCAGAUACAAUGGAUUGGAGGUUACAUGGGGCUGUAACUCCAGUAAAAGAUCAGGCAGUCUGUGGAUCAUGUUGGAGUUUUGGGACAACAGGAACAAUAGAAGGGGCAUACUUCCUUAAGACUGGUAACCUGGUGAGGUUGUCACAGCAACAGCUGAUGGACUGUUCCUGGGGGGAGGGGAAUAAUGCAUGUGACGGCGGGGAGGAUUUCCGAGCUUACGACUGGAUCAUGAAGAACGGAGGUCUGACUUCAGAGGAACUGUAUGGACCUUACCUGGCACAGGACGGCAUGUGUAACAAAACAAUCACCCCUGUUGCCAAGUUAAAGAAUUAUGUGAAUGUGACAAGCGGAGAUCUUCAGGCCCUGAAGUUUGCUAUCGCUCACCAAGGCCCAAUCUCUGUCGCUAUUGAUGCCUCCCAUCUCUCUCUAUCCUUCUACGCUAACGGGGUCUACUACGAGCCACAGUGUGGUAACAAACCUGAUGACCUUGACCAUUCCGUUUUGGCUGUGGGAUACGGAGUGAUGAACGGACAAGCUUAUUGGCUGAUCAAGAAUUCCUGGUCCACGUACUGGGGUAAUGAUGGCUAUGUACUGAUGUCGCAAAAAGAUAACAAUUGUGGUGUGGCCACGGAUCCAACAUUUGUCCUCAUGUAAAACAUCUACAAGUCAGAAUUCUCUUACUGACAAUACGUGCCAAAGUAUGCCAGGCAGAUUAAUUUUGUUACAUGUAUUGCACUCUAAUUUAUAAUGGGAACUUACAAGUUCAAGGUUAUUUAAUAAAUCUAAAUCUACAUGUACAUCAUUUACAAUAGGGUGACACUUUAAAGUUAGAUUCAGGAAUGUUAUUGUUUUCUAUAAAUUUUUAUAUUAUGUACAAGCCCCUUAACUUUAAAUAUUGUUGAUAUAUUACUGUAAAUGUAUUAUAUUAAGCAUGUACAAUAUUUGGCGGAAAUUGAUUUUUGGACAAAUUUGCAUAGAUUUGAUUUAGCGCAUUUCUUGAAGUUCUUAUUUAUGAAUAUAAGUGCAAGACAUUUAGCGUUGUACUUGAAUUAGCGGAAGUUGCUUUCCGCCAAAGGCGUUAAAAAGAAUACACAGCCAAAUAUAAUACGUUUACAGUAUAUUUACCGUGUACAAUGGUUUUUCAACAAGUACGCAUGAAUUGCUGAAUGUGUGUAACAUACUAGUAGACAUUUAUAUACAAAAUAUUUAGCUGUAGUAUAUACUUUAUUUGGUGGAUAGUGCUUUUCUUGAAAGGGGCUAAAUAGAAUACACCCCCAAAUGUUAUAUGUUUACAGUAACCUAUUGUUUCAUCAUUCCAGGCUGUAGGCUUAUAUAUUACAUGUAUACAAAAUACUACAUAUAGUUUGUGUGAAUGUUUAACUGUAAGGAUCUUUAUGCAGUUAAUAUAUUUUGUAUAAGUGCCAUGAUUUCUAUAUUUUUAUCAGAUUGUGCUUUACCUACUGGACCUGAUCUACUUACUGUCCUCUCAUUGUAUUACACAUUCUCUUCAUAAACUUAAUUCUGCUAAUCUUGUAUGUGUUCUUUGAUGAUUGCUCAAUUAAACAAUCAUUUAUAUCGAUGUAGAUUUAUAUUACAAGUCAACACAUUCAAUGUUGAUUGGUGUCUGUAUUCGAUCCCACCUUCUCAGGCCUUUCUGACUUGCAGAAAUGUAGGCAUCCAUGACAAUGCUCCUUUUAUUAAACAUUGAAAUAGAUGUAGGGAGACUUCUUAUCUUUGGAGUCUGGAGUUUAUAAUGCUACAGAAGGGACAAUGAAGUCUAUCUAUCAAAUUCUUAAUAAUAAGGAAGUGACUUCAGUUUUUAUGACAUUUUAACACACAACGAUAUAAAUACAUUGGUGUUUUUUUUCCCCGAGCUUGGCGGAAAGGUCUGAGAAGAUGCAAUUGGUCUGAGUUAUUUGUACAGUUUACGAUUGUGAUAAAAUUAUUUUAAGGACAUACGCAACGUAGUUUGAACUUUAUUGUCUUUUUCCCUGGAGUUGAAGAGUUCCAAUACUUAAAGGAACUGUGUGCUACAUUUUUAUGUCUAUAUAUGCUGCUGUACACUUCUUUCAAAACAAGUUUGGAGAAACAGAACAUUUAGAAUAUAUGUUUAGUAUUUUUUGUAUAUUUUUCUUUGAAUUAUAAAAGAAUUUUCAUCAAUUGAUAUCUUUUCAAAACCCCUGGUAAUGCAUGCUGAAUUUUUGUCUACAAACAUCUAAUGGCAUUAUAAUCUUAAAUUAAGAAUAUCUUGAAAAAUUAUGUGUAGGCAAGGUAUGUUGCGUAUGUCCUUAAGGAUUUUCUGUAAAAUAAAUAUUGACAAUAAACAGUAAUCAAUCAG